AUGUACGCACUCGACCAUUCCGAGGGACGAUUUGCCCGUAGUGGUCCUAGCGCCGGUACCGGGCCCGCUUCCGGGCCAUGUUUGGUUUGGGUAAUGGAAACCGCAGACUCUUUAAAGCCCUCCUCGACCCCUCCUACAACCUUUUUCCUCGACUCCUUCAACUUCACCGCUACCAACUCCCACCUUUCUCAGGGGUCGCAUCUUCAACAAGGACGCGAUAAACUCGUCGUGCCGGCAUACUUGAUCUGCUUCCGCUUCUCUGCGGCCCACGCGAGCCUCACAGAACACCUUAGCGCCAGCAGAUUCCGGCUUUGCGGGGGCGAUUGCCCAAUAUGUCGCGUGGCCGAGCCGAUCGCCCUCACAUCCAUCUUCCCCUAUUCGUGGGUCAUGGUAAAGGACUUCCACAUGGCUAGUGGCCAAGAUGCGUCUCUCUACGCCGGUAUCUUGAUUUCAGCCUUUUCGCUCGCCGAAGCCCUGACUGGUAUGUUCUGGGGGAGUCUCUCGGAUCGGCUCGGCAGGAAGCCUAUUCUUCUGUCUGGCUGUUUCGGGACGAUGAUCUCAUUGCUCAUGGUCGGGUUUGCGCCGAAUUUUGGAGUUGCGCUUCUUGGUCGUGCGCUGGGUGGGGCGUUGAAUGGAAAUAUUGGUGUCAUCCAGACAAUGGUUGGCGAGCUGGUCAAACGGCCAGAACAUGAACCCAGAGCAUAUGCCGUCAUGCCUUUUGUCUGGUCAAUUGGCACCAUUAUCGGACCAGCCAUCGGUGGUUUGCUUGCGAGGCCAGCAGACGGGCUCCCAUCCGUGUUCCCUCCAGAAGGUCUGUUUGGCCGCUUUCCAUAUCUGCUGCCCAACCUCGUCUGCUCCGUUCUCCUUCUGCUGAGCAUAAUUGGAGGCUGGCUGUUUCUGCAGGAAACUCAUCCGGACAUGCAGCCCGGGAAUACUCACCAGUUCUUCGAACACACGUCGGUGGAGCAGCCGCUUCUGGCCACAUCCGGAGCCACCGCCAAUGCAGGAGUUGAUCUCCGUGCAGAGUCGUAUGGCACUUUCAAUCAGGUCCAUCUUCAUGAUGAUGAGAACUGGAAUGUACAGGCGGAUGGGUCGUCUCCCGCUUGGAAAAAGCCGCCCAAGCCAAAAGCUUUCACCUGGAGGGUGAGCAUGCUUGUCGUUGCGCUGGCUAUCUUCACUUACCAUUCGAUGACCUAUGAUCACCUUCUGCCCAUCUUCUUGCAGGAUAAGAACCCGCGCGGUCCAUUCGCUGUCCCUCACUCCCCGUUCGAUAUCCCGGGUGGUGUUGGUCUCUCGACUCGGACUGUCGGCGUGAUCAUGUCGACCGAUGGCAUUAUUGCACUCGCUAUCCAAAGCCUUAUCUUCCCUGCGCUUGCAGGGUGGCUUGGGGUGUGGAAACUGUUCAUCCUCGUUACGGUGCUUCAUCCGAUUGCGUACGUCAUGGUACCCUUCCUCGCACUCCUGCCGCAGAACCUCGUCUAUGUCGGCAUCUAUGCCUGUCUAGUCGUUCGUAAUAUCCUCUCCAUUAUUGACUACCCCGUGCUCUUGAUUCUUAUCAAGCAAGCCAGCCCUUCAGAUUCCGUCCUGGGUAAGAUUAACGGUCUGGCUGCUUCUGCUGGUGCUGCUGCUCGUACCAUCGCUCCCCCAGUGGCUGGGUAUUUGUACAGCGCUGGCGCUGAGAUUGGCUGCACCGCUGUCGCUUGGUGGGGAAGCACCCUCGUCGCUCUACUUGGAGCGUUGCAGCUCUGGUUUAUCGAACAGAAAAAGAAUUCAGUGGCAACUGUUGAGGCUGGGGCCCAUUGCCACUAUACGCCUGUCCCCGAACAACCUAAGAAAACGGUUCAUAUUCUGGUGACUGAUGUCGAUGCAGAAUGGCCCGCGUCAGAGAACCCAUCCGAGAACCUCUCCGAGUCGACCUGA